UAUCGUCUCAGCCUGGCUUCAUGGAAUGUGUGAAGAAAAAGGCUUCGAAUGGACCUUCUUUCGACAGUACACCGUUAUAGCCAGCCAUAAUUUGAAUCGUCAUCAUUUGCAGAGCCGUUUAUAGAGAUAUAAUACGGCUCUGAUCAUUUGUAGGCGACUUUUAUUUUGAAGACGACGUUCAAACGGGUAUCAGUGGCAGCUUCUUAGCAACGCGUCUCUCUCUCUCUGUAUGGAUAUUCCUCUUGGCGUACUACCAUCUAGUUGCAAACAGACGGAUAACAGUCUUUUAGAUUAUUUGAAUGGACCAUUAACCUUUUUAUUUUUAUCUCCCAUUGCAAGCCGGUUUACACAAAGUGUGGUAGUAGUUGACUGACGCGUUACAUCGUAUCAUCGUAGCAAAAGGUAUUGCAGGAGUUAUGUCUUGAUAUCUUUCUGGUGAGGCUGAUACAACCUUCUUUGAGGCCAGCGACAUGUCGGUGAUCAGCAGCCUUGUUCCCGCGCGGUUCCUCACUCUAACAGCUCAUCUCGUCAUUGUUAUUACAAUUUUUUGGUCAAGGGAAAAUAAUGUGAAGGCCAGUCUGCCCUUGGAGUUCACAGAAGAGGAGUAUAAUGAGCAGGACUUGAGGUUGGUGAUAGCGUUGUCUGUCACAAUUGGCCUGUUCUUUGUCGAGCUGGCUGGAUUCUUCUCCGGCGUGUCCAUGUUUAACAGCAGCCAAGGCCUCCUGUCCAUCGGGUGCCACGCCAGUGCAUCAGUAUCCCUGAUCUUUUUUCUCUUUGAGCAGUGGACCUAUGACAUCUAUUGGUGGAUCUUUGCCUUCUGCAGAAGUGGCAGUGUUGGACCUACUGGUUGAUUUUUGCAUUUUGCAGUGUGCUUCCAGCCCUUGUGGAGUUUGUGCUCUUCAUUGCGGUGUUUGGUCUGAAGAAGAAGCCCCUCUGAACAGCAGUUACAGCUACAAGCUGAUCAGCAGCUUUUUUUUUUUUUUUUACAUUAAUAUUACACUUAACUAACAAUUUUAUCUAAACCCACUUACAGUUACUGUUACAUUUACUAACAGUCCCUGGAGCAAUGUGGGGCUGCGCCCAUGGCGGCUGUGUACAGGGGCCAUGACAACUGCUGUGUGUGUGUGUGUGUGUGUGUGUGUGUGUGUGUGUGUGUGUGUGUCAGUUUUCACACUGGCAAUUUUUUAGUACCUUACAAAAUAAUGUAUUUUUGUGAUUUUAUGUAGGCCUAGAAUGAUUUCCUUUUUUAAAACUUUCUUUUGAUGUUUCAAUAAACACUUUUAAUGAAA